AUGGACUUUAAACAUUCGAAGAAUCCACCAAAACUAUGUGGUAUGGAAAAUCAUCCUAUUACAAUUAAGGGUGAAGGAUUUCUUCAAAUAAAGAUUGAUAACAGUAAUAAAACUAUAAAGACGAAAGUCUAUUUUUGUCCGUACGAGAGUGCAACUGUAUUAUCGAUCGCAACAUUACAGGAAGACACUGGUUAUGAGCUCGAAAGAGGUUAUAAAUUCCUGACUAACAACAUUUUAAGAAUUAAGGUCUCCAAAGUGGAUAAAACCCUUUGGAUCAAUUCAAAUAACCUUUUGGUGAAAAAUGAAAUUAAAAAUAAAACAACCAGUAAUAAAACAGUCCGAGUUGUAACAAACAAAACGAAGAAGAAAGUUUCCAUUCAAGAAGCACAUGCAAAAUUCAAUCAUAUUGAUAAGAAUGUAGUUAAGGCUACCAUUGAAUCAGGUAUUUUUGCAGAUGUAGACGGUCUAAAAGAAACUAGCACUGAAAUUGCUCAAUAUCAAUGCGAAGACUGUUUAAGAGGAAAAUUGAAAAACCAUAAUCAUUACACAGGUUCCAUGAAUGCUCACUAUGUGAAUGUUCUACCAGGUGCAUCAUGGAGUAUUGACCUUCGUGGUCCAAUUGUACGUUCUCACAAGAACGUUCCUCACUACCUAUUAGUGAUGGUUGAUAAUGUAUCACGCUAUAUGAUGAUUAGUACACAUUUGGAUAAAUCAUCACAAUCGAUACCUCGACAAAUCAUCAAGAAC